CGACUCGAGAUCUGUAUGAUUCUGGGAGAGAAGCUAUAUGAACCUGGGAGAGGCGAUAUAUGAACCUGGGAGAGGCGCUAUAUGAACCUGGGACCGGCACGUAAGGAGGGACGCGGGGUACUUAUCGAUGUACAUCUUUAGCGCUGGACCAUGUAGCGCUCCUCGAUGGCGUACGGCAUCCUUCGAGAGCAUACAGCAAUCGUUAAGAGCAAACAGCACACCGCGAGGGAACACAGCGUGUCUCGCAUGGCCCGUGCAAGAACCUGGACAACACACCGGCAAGCUUCCAUAGAGCUGACGCCAAUCUUGACUCGAAGAGUCCGC